UGUCUUAACAUCUCUAAUAUAAUAAAUGCUAUGACAAUUUAACUUUUCUUUUUAAAAACUAUCAGAAGGUAGAUAGCACUUAUUCAGAGGAGCAUAUUAUUCAACUAAAGAAUGAAGCAGCUGGGAUGAGAAAAAUGUAGAUGAUGUAUAACAUGUAAAUGAUUCUCUGAGUUCUAGAGGGGAAACAGGACAUGAAAUGAGAAAAGGGCUGCCCAGCUACAGGCCAAUCCACUUCUCAUCUGCACCACCAUUCCCCAAAGAGCCAUUCUAGCCCACUUUUUCACCAUUCUCUCCUUAUAGACCAGAAAUUAUGAGCCAGUAAAGUUUACAUUCAGCUGGUUCAAGUGACAGUGUAUUAUUGCUAGGAAAAGAGACAGGAGAUCCAAUGAGAUGGUUUAUGGCUGAAAGUGAUAUUAACAUAUUAGUAUUUGUGGACUAUAAUCUGGAAAGCUCCCCAGAAGUUAAAUCAAUUUUAGUUGAGUUUAGUAUCUCUUAGGCCCCCUUGUUAUGAAAUGAUCCAUUUUGUCCUUUGUUUAGAGGACAGCUUUAAAAAGUCCCUAACAUAUCAAACAUUCGUUUGGAUAAGCCUCAAGUGUUUACUAGUUUCUGUCAUUCUACUUUAAUUGUAUCUUCAGGUCCUCAGUGAGGCCUUGGGUCAAUUUCAUAGAUAGAGAAGAGGAAAUCCAACACACUUAAUACAGAUAAAGGGUGUAUGAGAUAAAAAGGAAUGAAUUAAUGGCAUUUGCAGCAACCUCCGUGAGACUGGAGACUAUUAUUCUAAGUGAAGUAACUCAGGAAUGGAAAUCCAAACACUGUAUGUUCUCACUGAUAUGCAGGAGCUAAACUAUGAGGAUGCAAAGGCAUAAGAAUGAUACAAUGGACUUUGGGGACUUGGGAGGAAGGGUUGGAGGGGGGCGAUGGAUAAAAGACUACAAAUAGAGUGCAGUGUAUACUGCUUGGGUGAUGGGUGCACCAAAAUUUCACAAAUCACCUCUAAAGAACUUACUAAUGUAACCAAAUACCACCUGUACCCCAAUAACCUAUGGAAAUUUUUUUUAAAAAGGGUGUGUGAGAGAUAUUACAGGACCUUCUAAAGACAGCAAUUAGGAAAGUGGUCAUAAGAAGAAAGAGUGAUGUUAUUCUAUUCAAUAAAGCUGAAGCUUUCUGAGGUUCAGAAAGGAAAAAAGGAAAAAUGCAGAAGGGAGGAAAGGAGUAAGGAAGACUUUUUCCUAGGAGACAAGUAGAAUCCCCAGAGCUUAGCAGAAGGUGAAAGCAAAGAGUUAAAGAAAGGAAGUUUAACUCUGUGAGGUUUGUGGGAAAGAGUGUAAACGCAGGCCCCAUGGUUGUCAGGGCUGGUACCCAUGAUCCUACUGAACACAAGGCUUCUCCUCAGGACUCUGGCGCACCACACAGGUUCCCAGUGUUCCCAGUAUUUGGCUGGGGCAGGGUACGCCAUAGCAGGCAGUUUCCCUUCCAUCCCCCUUGGGCCAUACUGGAUCAGUCCUUCUGGAAACAAUGACUGAUAAAGCAGAGAAGGCUGCUGUAGAACCUGAAAACGUGUUUAAACGUCCCAGGGAAUCUGAGAGUCCUUCAUCUCAGAAAAGGCAGAAGAUGGCCCUGUUGUUAAGGAAACAAAGAGCAGGAGACAGUCUUAUUGGAGGCUCUGCCAUGUCCAAGGAAAAGAAGCUUAUGGCAGUAGAUGGUAUUCCACCAAGCCAAUUGGAUUCUCGAUUUGAUGACUUCAGUGGUUGCAGCAAAGAUGGGCUGAUGCAGAAACCUGGUAGAAAUGCACCUGUAGGAGGAAUCGUUACCAGCAAUUUCUCUGGAGAUGACCUAAAAGUCACAGAAAUACUCCCUUUUCCAAAAUGCCAAGAAGAAAUUAAUGCUAAUAUAAAAUGUCAAUUAGUGAAGGAAAUUCGACACUUUAGACGAAAAUAUGAAAAACUCUUCAAAUUGCUUGAAGGACUGCAAGGACCUAUAGAAGUCAAGAAAUGAUUUUUUGAAUCCAUCAUCAAGGAAGCCACAAGAUUUAUGAGACGAGACUUAAUUCAGCACCUUGAGAAGAAACUGGAAUAAAUGAUUUCUGGCUACUUGUUCAAGAAGGAUCAUCUCACCGCAAAUGCAUAAUCUUGUUAAUGAUUGAGGAGGAAAAAAGGAUCAAAUUGCUGUUUUCUAGAAUGGAGCAGGAUAUUGCUGAAGCCUCCUAGCAUGUGUUAGUGAAUAAAAUAGCCUUCCAGAGGCUAAGACAUU